GUUCCUUCUGAUUUUCUGGGUCUCCUUGUUUUGCCGGCUCUCUCGAUGUCCAUAGAAGCGUGUGUAGAUGCGUGGACGCGAUUUUUUCAAUCUGGGACGCUUGAUAUCGGUUUUUCUCUUUCUUCCAUCCUUCCCGGCGAUCGAGCUUUCAAGGAUUUUGAGUUAAUUUAUUGGCGGACAUGUUGUAGAGGCAGCAAGAACCGUAGGAAUUUAGGAAGGAGUUGCAGUCAGCACAUGCCGCCAGUCCUGCCAUUAGUAACUUCCGACAACACUGAAAUUCUUGCUGGUGAUAACAGUGCUCCCCGUGAUUCUGCUGCCACCACCUCUUGUGGUGCCGAAUCAUUCAUCAAGGACGGUCGACAAAUUAGCGUUGGUGAUUCUGCACUUUUCAAGCCGCCUAAAGAUUCUCCGCCUUUCGUUGGGUUAAUUCGUUGGUUGGCAUUGGACAAGGAGAAUAAUUUGCAGCUAGGUGUGAAUUGGCUGUAUCGGUCGUCUGAGCUGAGGCUCGGGAAAGGAACUUUGUUGGACAGUGCCCCAAACGAGAUUUUCUAUUCCUUUCAAAAAGACGAAGUUCCUGCUGCAUCUCUACUCCAUCCUUGUAAAGUUGCAUUUCUUGCUAGAGGUGUCGAGCUUCCCCCUGGAACAUGUUCUUUCAUUUGUCGGCGUGCUUAUGACAUUGCGAACAAGAGUUUGUGGUGGCUAACAGAUCGGCAGUUCAUUAAUGAUCAGCAAGAAGAAAUAGAUAAGCUUCUGUACAAAACUCAGAUAGAAAUGCAUCCGACUUUGCAGCCUGGUGCUCGUUCUCCUAAGCAAAAUAAUGGUCAAAAUGGUGUUAAUGCUCCUACUCAAGCUAAAGGAAAGAAGAGGGAAAGAGGUGAUUAUGGUUCCGAUUCUAUCAAACGUGGAAAUUUUCCACGGCUUGAUGAUGGUGAAAGUAACUUAAGACACGAGAUUGCAAAAAUAACUGAAAAAGCAGGUGUAGUGGAUUUAGAUGGGGUUGAGAAGCUCGUGCAGUUGAUGCAACUCGAUACACCGGAGAGAAAAUUGGAUUUAGGUAGCCGCUCAAUGCUUGCCUAUGUAUUGGCUUCCACUGAUAAAAUAGAUUGCCUCAGUAGAUUUGUCCACCUUAGGGGUUUGCCUGUGCUUGAUAGUUGGCUGCAGGAUAUUCACAAAGGGAAAAUUGGUGACGGUAAUAAUACUAUAAAGGAUGGUGACAAACCGGUGGAGGAAUUUCUUCAGGUUUUGCUUCGUGCACUGGAAAAUAUUCCGGUUAAUCUUCAAGCCCUUCAAACGUGCAACAUCGGCAGAUCUGUGAAUCAUUUACGAUCCCAUAAAAACAUGGAGAUUCAGCGAAAGGCACGGACUUUAGUGGACACUUGGAAAAAACGUGUUGAAGCUGAAAUGAUUAGCAUCGAUGUGAAAUCACGCCUUCCGGAAGCUUCUCAUGCUGGUAGCAGAACUCCUGAUGGUGCCAUGAAAAGCUCCCUCACUCAGAACUCUUCGGCAAAAAUGAGUUCCAGCAGGUCGUCACCUGGAAAGGAGAGCCAAGUGAGAAGUUCUGGUGGGGUAGUCAAUGCUGAUGCAACUCAAAUUAGAGAAGAUAGGAGUAGCAGUUCUAACCAGUCGCAAAACAAUGGUCAGUCUUUGUCAGUGAAAGAUGAUGUCAAGAGCUCCACGUCACAUUCAGCGAUUGUUAAUAAUAAGACAUCAAGCACCAGUACUCGUAAUAGAAAAAAUAGUGGAUUUGUGGGAACACCAGUCAAGAGUACUGCUUUAGAAAAGUCUUCUCACUCUUCAAUAACUGGUGAUAAGGUUGUGGAGGGGCCCAUCAGUGAUGGAAUUGGCCAUAAGCUAAUUGUUAAGAUACCAAAUCGCGUGAAAAGUCCUGCACGAGGGGUUUGUGGAGAAUCAACAGACGAUACUAUUAUCAUGAGUAGCCAGGCUUCUUCUUCUUCUUCUUCUCCUGUGCAGAAACAUAAGAAAACCGAUCCUUCUCCAAACGACAAAGGUAAAGCUUUCCAGUGUAAAUUUGAGUCAGAUGUGAACAAUGAUCAGACAGAUCAUACUGCGGAUGCAUCAGACAAAUUGAAUUCUGUAAAAUUGCAAGCGUCUUCUUUCAGCCCCAUGAAAGCUCUAGUCGAGAGCUGUGCCAAGUACUCAGAAGCUACUUCGUCACUGUCUCUUGACGAUGAUGUUGGCAUGAACUUGCUGGCCAGUGUAGCUGCAGGAGAAAUUUCAAGAUCUGAUGUUGUUUCGCCUAAUGAUUCUACUGAAUGGACAACACCUGCCGUGGAGGAAGUUUGCUCUGGUGUUGUGACAAAAUCUAAGCCUUCCCCUAACGAUCAUUCUGCAGGAGUACACAAUCAGGAUGAGUUUUCUAGUGAACGAAUAUGCCAUUCUUCUGGAAAAAUACCAGCUGACUCCAUGGAUGGAACUAUUGGCACGGUGACUGAAGAAAAGGAUGUUACUAAUUUGGAUAGUGGUGAAUUUAAGCUAAUGGCUGGUGAUACAGCAUAUCAGUCAUUAGAGGAAAGUAAUAGCGAGUUUCGGAAUGAAGUAUUGGGCACGUCAUCCAUUUCUCCCCCGAAACCGACUUCUACAGUUAUAGAGGCUGAACUUGUGGAAGCUAGCAAUAAAGAUCUUGGCCAAUCUGAAUGUGGCCAGAAGUCAUUACCAGAACCCGGUGGUUCAGUCAAAGUAGAACCCAUUAUGAAGGAUGACGAAGAUUGCAUGAGCAAGUUGGACCCUGAUAAGGGUAUUCAAAGUCAAUCUCUUUCAUGCUCCACAUCUCAAGAUCUGAACUGUAAAAUGGCCAAUCUGGAGAACCAGGAGAUUGUGAAGCAGGAAUCUCAGAAGGAUGAGUUGCGAGAAAAGAGCUGUGCUAGCAUUCGCUCUGGUAAUACAGGGAAGUCUACAUCUGCUUGUACCGGGUCUGUUUCUUCUGCUCAUUCUGGAGGAACAGAUCCUUAUGAAAAAAUGAAGUUCGACUUAAACGAAGAUUUCAGUAAUGAUGAUGUAAAAUAUGAGGAGCCUGUCACUCUGCCUUCAACAAUGGUUGACUCUUUACCAUUUCCUGUAAGUUCUAUUCUCGCUGUCCAUUCUGCCACCUCUACAUUAGCUUCUGCUGCCAAUGGCACAUUUUUUCCUCCAGACGACCUGUUGAGAAGUAAACCGGAGCUUGGGUGGAAAGGCUCUGCUGCCACUAGUGCUUUUCGUCCUGCCGAACCAAGAAAAAACGUUGAAAUGGCGGUUGGCACAUCUAAUUCGUGUAGACAAGACCGUUUUCCUUUGGAUAUUGAUCUAAACGUGCCGGACGAAAGACUUCUCGAGGAAAUGGCUUCUCAAGGUUCUAUGCAACCAAGUUCUGGUGUGCUGGAUCUCGAUUUGAAUAGGUCUGACGAGGCAAAUGAUAAUUCCCGAUGCUCCCAUCACGGAGAGACUUCCCUUGCUCAUGUCAAACCAGAGACUAAUAUGCAUAUUCAGAGGGAUUUCGAUCUCAACGAUGGGCCUACGGUUGAUGAAGCUAGUGUAAGGCAGUUUCCAGUAAGUCAAUUAGUGAAGAAGGGUGGUUUAGCUGCACAGCUGCCUUCUGCCGGCUUCUCAAAGAGCAAUCAGGGGCCAAGCAGCUUCGCACCUUGGUUUUCUCCCGGGAAUACCUACUCAACUGUAGCCAUACCAUCAAUAUUACCUCAGAGAUCGUUUGGCCAAUUCAAUCCUGACAUGUAUCGUGGAUCAAUAUUGUCAUCUUCUCCAGCAAUGCCUUUCCCUUCCGGACCAUUCCAGUACCCUGUAUUUCCUUUCGGGACCACUUUUCCUCUCCCUUCAGGCACUUUUUCAGUCGGAGGUGCUUCGUAUCAAGAUUCGUCAUCAAGUGCAAGGAUUUUUCCCUCUCCAAUGAAUUUGCAAUAUAUGGGAUCUGUUGGUAAUAAUGUCGCGCCCCAAUUUCAGCGGCCUUUUAUGGUUAACGUUGCUGAUGUCAGUAAUAAUGUUGUGAUGGAUAAUAAUCGGAAGUGGGCCAGAUCGGGCCUGGAUCUUAAUGCGGGCCCUGGGACUGUGGAAAGUGAAGCGAAGGAAGAAAUUUUGCCUCGCCCAUCUGGCCAACAAUCUGUUUCGAGUUUUCAAGCCCUCGCUGAGGAGCAGGCCCGUAUGUUUUCAGUUUCAGGUGGUAUUUUGAAGAGGAGGGAGGAUAGUGAGCCCACAAGACAUAGGCAUUCUGCAUGGCAGGUUUUUCGGGGUAAGGAGAGCUGCAGGAGUUUAGAGAGGAGUUGCCGGCGGCAUAUGCGGUCAGUCCUGCCGUUAGCAGCUACCAACAACGCUGUAGUUCUUGCUGGUGAUAAUCAAACUCACCGUGAUUCGUCAAUCACUACCUCUGGCAGUAGUGAUUCAUUCUUCAAGGACGGUCGCAAAAUUAGGGUUGGUGAUUGUGCUCUUUUCAAGCCCCCAAAGGGUUCUCCACCUUUCAUUGGUUUAAUUCGUUGGUUGGAAUUGGACAAGGAGAAAAAAUUGCUGCUAGGUGUGAAUUGGCUGUAUCGGUCGUCUGAGCUGAGGCUUGGGAAAGAAAGUUUGUUGGACUGUGCACCUAACGAAAUUUUCUAUUCCUUUCUAAAAGGAAAAGUUCCGGCUGCAUCUCUUCUCCAUCCCUGUAAAGUUGCAUUUCUUCCUAGAGGUGUUGAGCUUCCCGUUGGAACUUCCUCUUUUGUUUGUCGGCGUGUCUAUGACAGUGCAAACAAGAGUUUGUGGUGGCUAACAGAUCAGCAAUUCAUUAAUGAUCAGCAAGAAGAAGUAGAUCAGCUUUUAUACACAACAAGGUCAGAAAUGAGUCAGACUUUGCAGCCUGGUGCUCGUUCUCCAAAACAAAGUAAUGGUCCAACUUCCACCUCGCAACUUAAACAUGGUUCAGACAAUGGUCAAAAUAGUGGCAAUGCCCCUUCUCAAGCCAAAGGAAAGAAGAGGGAAAGAGGUGAUCAUGGUUCUGAACCUGUCAAACGUGGACGUUCUACACGGCCUGAUGACGGUGAUUCUAUUCAGCCCAAAGCAGAAGGUGACUUAAAACAUGAGAUAGCAAAAAUAACAGAAAAAACCGGUGUGGUGGAUUUGGAUGGGGUUGAGAAGCUGGUGCAGUUGAUGCAACUGGAUACGCCGGAGAGAAAAUUGGAUUUAGGUAGCCGCUCCAUGCUUGCCGAUGUAUUGGCUUCCACUGAUAAGGUCGAUUGCCUCAGUCGGUUUGUCCAUCUGAGGGGCUUGCCUGUACUUGAUUGUUGGCUGCAGGAUAUUCACAAAGGAAAAAUCGAUGAAGGUAAUAAUAUAAAGGACGGUGAUAAAUCAACGGAGGAAUUUCUUCUCACUUUACUUCGCGCGCUUGGUAAAAUUCCGGUCAAUCUCCAAGCCCUUCAAACGUGCAACAUAGGCAGAUCUGUAAAUCAUUUACGAUCCCAUAAAAACAUAGAAAUUCAGCGGAAGGCACGUACUUUGGUCGACACUUGGAAGAAACGUGUUGAAGCUGAAAUGAUUAACAUUGAUGGGAAGUCUGGUUCAAACCAAACUGGAUCUCCUUGGCCAUCCAAAUCACGCCUUUCUGAGGCUUCUCAUACUGGUAGCAGAACUCCCGAUGGUGCCAUGAAAAGCUCCCUUACUCAGAAUUCUUCAGCAAAAAUUAGUUCCGGCAAGUCCUCACCUGGAGAGAGUGGCAACAAGUAUGCAUCCUCAUCUCCUGGGCUUGUUAAACCAGCUCCAGCUCUUGCAUCAGGAAAGGAUAGCCAGCUGAGAAGUUCUGGGGGAGGCAAUGUUGAUGCCCCUCAAAUUAGGGAGGACAGGAGUAGCAGUUCUAACCAGUCUCAUAACAAUGGUCAGUCUUUGUCUGUGAAAGAUGAUGUGAAGAGUUCCACUUCACAUCCAGCAAUUGUUAAUAAGACGUCAGGCACUAUUACUCGUAAUCGAAAAAAUAGUGGUUUUGUGGGUACAUCAGCAACUGUUGGUCAGAAAGAAACAAGCUCUACUAGAAAUUCUCCAGCACACAAGAAUACUGUUUUAGAAAAGCCUUCUCACUCUUCUAUAACUGGUGAAAAGGCUGUCGAGGGGCCCAUCAUUGAUGGAAUCAGCCAUAAGCUAAUUGUUAAGAUACCAAACUGCGUGAAAAGUCCUGCCCAGGGGAUCAGUGGUGAAUCAACGGAAGAUCCUGUUAUUAUGAGUAGCCAGGCUUCUUCUCCUGUGCAGAAACUUAAGCAAUCCAAUCCUUCUCCAAAUGACAAGGGUGAAGCUUCUCAGCAUAAAUUCACAUCAGAUGUGAACAAUGACCAGACAGAUCUUCCUGAGGAUGGGCAAAGCGUGAACACCGAAGUCUCCAAUAGAUUAAAUGAUAUCCCUGCAUCAGACAAAUUGAAUUCUGUACAAUUACAUGCUUCUUCUUUCAGCCCCAUGAAAGCUCUAGUUGAGAGCUGUGCCAAGUACUCAGAAGCUACUUCAUCACUGUCGCUUGAUGAUGAUGUUGGCAUGAACUUGCUUGCCAGUGUGGCUGCAGGAGAAAUUUCAAGAUCUGAUGUUGUUUCGCCUAAUGAUUCUACUGAAAGGACGACACCUGCAGUGGAAGAAGUUUGCUCUGGUGUUGAGACAAAAUCUAAGUCUUCUCCUAAAGAUUACUCUGCAGGAGUGCAGAAUCAGGUUUACAAUGAUGGAUGUGAUGCGUUGUUGAGUGGCAGUAAAGACAUUGACUCUUCAUUCAUGGAAUCUAGAUGCAACACUGACCCUAAGAGUGGAAUUGAUGGUAUGGUGACAGAAGAAAAGGACAGUACUAAUUUGCAUAGUGUUGAUGGUAAGCUAAUGGUUGGUGAUGGGGUAUCGAAGGCACUAGAAGAAGGUAACACCAGGAAGUCGAAGGAUCAAGGAUUGAACAUGUCAUCCAUAUCUCUGCCAAAACAAACUUCUACAGUUGUUGUGCCUGUAUCUGCAGAAAAGGCUAGUAAUAAAGUACAGGGCCAACCUGAAUGUGGCCAGAAGUCAGUGCCAGAAGCUGCUGGUUCUGACAAAAUAGAACUCGGUGAGAAAGAUUCUAAGGGUGACAUGGGCACAUCAGAAAGAUCGGAAUCAGAUAAGGGUGUGCAGAAAAAUGAGGGCAUUCAGAAUCAUGAUCCAAACAGUCACUGUGAAACCAGUCUAGAAAACAAGGAGAUUUUAGAACAUUCACAUACUGAGAGUCAGUGCCUUGGUUCUGUGAAGCAGGAAGCACAGAAGGAUGAUUUGCGAGAAAAGAGCUGCGCUAGCGUUCGCUCUGGGAAUACAGGGAAGUCUACAUCCGCUUCUAUAGGAUCUGCUUCUUCCGCUCACUCUGGAGGAACUGAUCCGUGUGAAAAAAUGAAGUUCGACUUAAACGAAGGUUUUAGUGAUGAUGAUGUAAAAUUUGAGGAGCCUGCCACUUUGCCAUCAACUGUGCAAAUGGUUAACUCUUUACCAUCUCCUGUUGGUUCUAUUCCCAUUAGCCAUUCUGCCUCCAUUACUGUAGCAUCUGCUGCGAAAGGCACCUUUUUUCCUCCAGACGACCUUUUGAGAAGUAAAGUGGAGCUUGGAUGGAAGGGAUCUGCUGCCACUAGUGCAUUUCGUCCUGCUGAACCCAGAAAACUUGCUGAAGUGACAGUUGGCAGUACCUAUGAUUCAAUUUGUGCUGAUGCGUCAACCAGUAAACAUGACCGUUUCCCUUUGGAUAUUGAUCUAAAUGUGCCGGAUGAAAGACUUCUCGAGGAAAUGGCUUCUCGAGAUUCAGUUUUGGCUGUUGAGUCGACUACUGAUAUGGCAAGUAAAUGCGCCUCAUUGUUAAGUGAGCCUCCGGGUUCUAUGCAACGAAGUUUUGGUGGGCUGGAUCUGGAUUUGAAUAGAGCCGAUGAAGCAAAUGAUAAUGUCCAAUGCUCCACCAGCAGCAGCCAUCACAAAGAGGCUUCCCUUGUGCACACCAAACCAGCAACUAAUAUACAUAUUCAGAGGGAUUUCGAUCUCAACGAUGGGCCUACGGUUGAUGAAGCUAGUGUAAGGCAGUUUCCAGUAAGUCAAUUAGUGAAGGGUGGUUUAGCUGCACAGCUGCCUUCUGCCGGCUUCUCAAUGAGCAAUCAGGGGCCAAGCAGCUUCGCGUCUUGGUUUUCUCCCGGGAAUACCUACUCAACUGUAGCCAUACCAUCAGUAUUACCCGAACGAGGGGAGAAUUCAUUCCCCGUUUUUCCACCUGGUGCACCUCAGAGAUCGUUUGGCCAAUUCAAUCCGGACAUGUAUCGUGGAUCAGUACUGUCAUCUUCUCCUGCAGUUCCUUACCCAUCGCCUCCAUUCCAGUACCCUGUAUUUCCUUUCGGGACCACUUUUCCUCUCCCUUCAGGCACUUUUUCAGUUGGAGGUACUCCGUUUCAGGAUUCGUCUUCCAGCGCAAGGAUGUUUCCCUCUUCAAUUAAUUCGCAAUAUCUGGGACCUGUUGGUAAUGUUGCACCCCAAUUUCAGCGGCCUUUUAUGGUUGGCCUUGCUGAUGUCAACAACAAUGGGGUAAUGGCUUGCAACCGGGGGUGGGGCAGACAGGGUCUGGAUCUUAAUUCGGGCCCUGGCAUCGUGGAAGGUGAAGUGAAGGAAGAAAAUUUGCACCCGUCUGGCCAACAGUCUGUUUCCAGCUUUCAAACCCUUUCUGCUGAGGAGCAGGCCCGAAUGUUUUCAGUUUCAGGUGGUAUCCUGAAGAGGAGAGAUCCCGAUGGUGGCUGGGACAGUGAGCCUGCCAGACAUAGACAUUCUUCAUGG